UUAGGACAUCAUCUGCUUUGGUUUGAACUUUGACUACUGCUCUCUUUUGGGUCCCACAUCUCUCUCUCUCACUUACCUAAACAAACCCGAGUUUCCUUUCCUUAGAAAUUUCCGAUUUCAUUUUCGCUCAUCUCUCUUCCUCUCUUGCUGCAGUUUCAGUUUCAGUUUCGUCUCCAGAGAAUUUUCUUCGGUUAUUGUUCCUUCCAGGUGAAAUUGCUAGUAUAGUCUUCAGUUAUCAGUGCCCUUUAGUAAAGAUGGUUUUAGGAUGUUUCCCUUUGAAAGGCAAGAAGAAACGUGGCUCUGUCUCUAUGAAACGGUUAGAUCUCGAAGAAAGCAGCAAGCCAAUUGCUUUACCAGAGCCACCACCCAAGGUUCCAAGCCGUAAUCUACAGUCCGCUCCUCCGAGUUUCAGAACUAGAGCGAAGCCUAGUAAUGUCGAGAUGAGCAGCAGCAGGACGAGAGUGAUGUCUGCUCCUUCGAGCAUUCACGGUGUAGCUGAGAGGGAUCUGCUUAGCCACGAGGAGCAAGAAACUAGCCCGCAGCCACUUCCGUUGCCGUCUCCGAGGACCGGCUCUUCGUUGAAGAACUGGGGGAGCUUUAAAUCGUUUAACGGAAGCAGCGGGAGGUUAUCAUCAUCUGCUGUCUCCGGACCGUUGCCUUUGCCGCCUAGUGUGUCUGUUAGAAGCUUCUCGUACGAUGAAGUAGUGUCAGCUUGUAGUGCCUUUGCUACGGACAGAUGUGUCUCCGAAGGUCUUUCAUCUGUUAUGUACAUGGCUUCGUUUGGUGACGAGGCUGCUUCAACUUCAAUCUCAAAGAAGGUCGAGGCAACUGUUGUGAGACUUAACGUAAUAACUCAGAGUAUUAGAGAGUUUACUAAUGAAGUGAACACAUUGGCGUCGCUGCAACACCAGAAUCUUUGUAAACUGUUGGGCUAUCACGCACGUGAAGGGUCCGACACGAGAAUGUUGGUGUACGAGAGGCUUGCUCUUGGAAGCUUGGACCGGUUACUACAUGGGAGAUCAGAUGGUCCUCCGCUUGAUUGGAACACUAGAAUGAAGAUUGCUCUAUGCGCAGCUCAGGGUCUAACCUUCUUACAUGAAGAAGGACCCUUUCAGGCGAUGUACAACGAAUUUUCAGCGGCUAACAUCCAAGUAGAUAAAGACUUCAGCGCCAAGUUAUCUGGAUACGGUUGCGUAGGCAACACUCCUCCCGAGACAGAAACCUCUAACAGUUCAGCACUAGCUAACCUCUCAGUAGAGACACUAGAGAGAGGGGUUUUGACACCAAAGAGCAACGUGUGGAGCUACGGGAUAGUUCUGCUUGAGAUGUUAACUGGUCGGAGAAACAUGGACGGUUCGUACCCUAAAGAAGAGAGGAACUUAGUGAAAUGGAGCAAAGCUUUUCUAGCAGAUGACUGUAGACUCUCUCUUAUAAUGGAUCCUCAGCUCAAAGGUCGGUUUCCAGCGAAAGCAGCGUGGAGCAUAGCGGAUAUAGCGCAGAAGUGUUUGCAGGUGGAGCCAUCAGAGCGUCCAACCAUGAGGAAUAUUGUUGAUCAGCUCAGGGUUGUGCAGGACAUGAAGUACUCUUGUAGGUUCCCGUUACGGGAGCCAGCACCUGUCGCGGCGAGGAAACAUAUGGGAAGAUCAAGCAGUCUCAACACUAUUGUUUGGACACCGGCUGUAGCAGCGCCGCCGAGGUCUGGUUUUUCGCCAUCGCCACCAGCAGGACGACCGUCAGUUUCGCCUACAAGGGGACGGGGGUUGGUGUUCCCGGCAAGAGUGUGUUCGUCGUUGGAGAUGAGUAGGGAGGAGGUACGGAGAUUGUCUUCAGGUAGUGUUAGGAGAACUAGUCUUGAAGGGUUUUGAUUUGUUCAUAUUCUCUCUUUUUUCCUAUUUGUUUUUGAAUAUUUGCACUCUCUACACAAGAUUUAUCUCAUAUUUAGGUAACUACACAAAUCUACUAUUAAGCACUAUUUGAUUUUUCGAUUAUACCA